UUUUUUUUUUUUUUUUUUUUUUUUUUUCUAAAUCUUGACGAAAAAGGCUGGGUACCUUUUCACCACGUCAGGAACCAUCAGGAAAUACACGACAAAUCAUCCAUUUAUGAUUGGUUUGGACUUGUCUAACCAUGGAAUAUCUCUCUCUGAAAAUACAGACCUCAACCUUGCUCCUUAAGGCCAAGCAUGCCCUCUCGCUUCAUCGCAAGUCAUCCGCCAGUGGAUCUGCGCCUUCUUCCUCGAGUCAGUCUUCAACACUUUCGUCAAUACCGCUCCCAUCUACAGACUCUCCUGUUUCACCCCCUCUCCCCAAUACUUCCAUCACUCCGGCUACCCACAUAGACACAGCCCCUACUCCCAUUCUAGACAAUGUGCCUCACAAGACCAAGCGCAGUAGCCGGUUCAAGGUCAAGACAUUUCCAUCUUUCAGGGAAUCAGCCAGCUCACUUCAUACAAAAACAAAUCAGUCGAGCAAAGUGAGCCGUACAUCCGACUUGGUCAACACAGUGAUCGGCCCCGGAAUACCAUCUCAACCAAUGGCUUCUGUCAAUCCUUACUCCCCCCUGUGGUGCCCAUCCACUGUCACUGCUUUGAAAUCACCAUUGAGAAACGCCUCCUUGUUAAGAUCAAAAUCCAAUUCAUAUCUCGACCUAUCUCAAAUUUCACAUUACUCGCCUGCACCAAAUCUUAUUCUUCAACCUAGCCCCUCUGUUGAUUUGGCAUCAUGUUAUGCCGGAGCAAGGUCCUCUACAUUGCCAGCUAUGGUCCGCUAUCACUCGACUUCUGGAGAGUUUGCAGCCGCCCGAGGUUUUGUACCGGUUAUUGGGCCUCAAGUCGUUCAACACCUCCUUUUUACCCCUUGUUACUCGAUCAGGAUAUAUUUAACAUCCAUCAUCGUUGCCGUUGCAAAGGAUCGGGUUUAACAGACGAGAAUUCUGUUUUUAUUCCCAUUAUUGUUAUUUGUGAUGUAUUUCUGUAUUUAUGGCUGUAAUCAAAAAAAUGCGCAAAUGCGAUCUUGAUCUGUGAAAAUAACUCACUUCAAGCUUGUCAAAUAGUUUUCGCACUGGUAUUCUUUUUAAGUCAAA